UGCCGCGGGGAGCGGAGCGGUGCCGGGCUCCGCGCACCGCUCUCCCCCAGCCCGCCCCGGCCCCGCUGCCUCGGCCCGGCUCGCCAUGGCGGCGGCCGUGGACGAGAGCGCCCUGCCCUCUAUCUCCACUUUCGCAAACUUGAUGCCGCUAGAGGAGCGGCCCGCCGACAUGCUCCACAGGAUGCUACAGCAGGAUGGCCCCGCUGCCGUCAAGCGGGAGGAGGACGACUUGGGCAAGUUCGUGGACUUGGACUUCAUCCUGGCGCACACCAGCAGUGGCGGGCAGGGGCCGACCGGCCCCAACUACCCCCUGCCCGAGACCCCCGAGAGCUGUGGCACCACCUACGACAGCGACGGCUCGUACUCCACGCCGGGCAAGUUCCCGGCGCCUUACCCCGAGGGCCAGGGCCACAGCUACGUGGCUGAGCUACUCACUCCGGACUUGCCCGGCCACUACGACCUGCAGCGGAGGGAGUACACGGAGCUGCGGGUGCCCGGCGGUCCCCACCACCACCCUCACCCCCAUCACCACCCGCCCCUCCACCCAGCCCUAGCCCGCCCAUUGCCCUUGGAUCCCGCGCAGUCCUUCGGGCCCCGCAUCAAGAAGGAGCAGCCGGAGGAGCGCGCCUGCAUGAUGGGGAUGUCUGCCGCCGAGUACCUGGGACCGGGCGGCGGCGAGCACAAGCCACGCGUGGCGCCGGGUCCCGGGCCGGGACCGGUGCCGGGGCCGCCGCUGUCCUACCCGGGCUUUCCCCACGGCCGCUUGGGGCCCCCCGAGGAGCCGCUGCCUGGCGCCGAUCCCCACCUCUUAGCCGAUCUGCCGCCCCACUACGCUGUGGCUCCGCACCGCUAUGCGCCCCACUUCGCCCCCCAGCCGCCACCGCAGUUUCAUGGACAUUUCAGUGUUUUCAGGGAGCCCCUGAAGGGGCCGGGCCCGGGCCCGGCGGGGCUGCCCGGGCUGCUGGUCACGCCGCCCAACUCCCCGGUGCUGGAGUACUUCCCGACCGGGGCUCCCCCCGAGGACUGCAAGCCCAAGCGCGGCCGCCGCUCGUGGGCGCGCAAGCGAACGGCCACGCACAACUGUGAAUACCCGGGCUGCGGCAAGACCUACACCAAGAGCUCCCACCUCAAGGCGCACAUGCGAACCCACACGGGCGAGAAGCCCUACCACUGCACCUGGGAAGGAUGUGGCUGGAAAUUUGCCCGCUCCGAUGAGCUGACCCGCCACUACCGCAAGCACACAGGGCACCGGCCGUUCCAGUGCCACCUCUGCGAGCGGGCUUUCUCCCGCUCGGACCACCUCGCUCUCCACAUGAAGCGGCACAUGUGAGCAGUGGCUGCAGCCGGACUCGAUGUCCCCGGAGCCAGCUCACAGUGUAAAUAGUGUCGGGCCAGGGAUGGCAGUGGGGAGCAGCCUGGCCACCUAGCCCCCUCCGCUUGUAGUUGAUAACUAGUUUUCUCCUCCUGCUCCUGUGAGAGCUGGCCCAGCCAAGUGGUGGGGAAGGGCUGCUUUGGGGAUGUAUGUGGGGAGCAAAACUGCAAGAAACAUCUGCCCAGUCAUCACCACUCAGCUCCCCAUGCCUGGAGGGUUCCCCCCAGCCAGGUACCCAGUGAGUAGGGGAGCUGGUGCAUAAGGGAUCUGUCCCCAGAACUCCUGGCUUGUAUUUGGCAUCAGCUUAACCUUCUUUCCCCAGAUCUGGCACCACCUGCCUGGCUCUAGGGGCUUUGGUGGCUGACUGGCUGCUUUUUGGCUGGAGAGCCAUGCCAGUUGGGCAUGUUGGUUGUGGUGCUGGGAAAUGGGUUGCUGGUUGUCUCGGUUGUGAUCAUCAGAACAAACCUCCUGACCCAGAGCCCAGGGUGGAUGGGGCAAGGGUGGGAUUUGACUGGCUCGUGGCUAUAAAGGUUUGCAGGUGUUGGCAGCACAACGUCACCUUACACCAAGGACAGGGAUGCUCCUGUCACCAGCCUGGGACCCCCCCGGCCAUUCCCAGUUUUCCACUCAAGAGCCUAAAAUGUCUCUCCUGGCUCUUGUCUGCUUUAUUUUGUCUUGUUCUUCCCCUCAGGAUGACACCAGGUACUGCUGCAGCUGCCUUCCCCAUGCUGCUUUUUAAAAUUUAGUAUGUAAAGGACAGUGAGUCCAGCUAUGAAUGCCCAGGUCUCUGCUAUACUUGAAAUUUUUUUUUGGGGGGGGGAACAAAAAAAAAAAGCUCAAAAGAAAAUGAGUCUUUUUAUGUGCAGCUUCUGCAAAGCAAGUUGUAAAUUAAACAAAGCAGUAAUAUAUAAUGUUUCUGGGUUUUUUUAAUAUAUUUUCUUCCAGCUGGGAACACAGAUGAGUCUCAGCUUUGGGAAGUGCACUGUUCCUGUCUGUGUAUAUUGUUAAUUAACAUUUCUCUGCUUGGGCACGUUAGGUCUCUUGCACUCUGAAAUGUUACUUUUCUUUAUAUGCAAACUGUUGAAAUAUUGUGAUCUGCUGUAUAAUAAAUAAACAAGAUGUAAACAUGAAA